AUGUUGGCGGAGCUCAAGGAGCAUCCGCCGGUGUUCGCUGACGGUGGUCAGAUGUUCGUUCUGCAGGGUCUCACUCAGCUAGUAGCGCAGCAUACUUACAGCACCCAUGCUGUCGAGCUGGGGUACGACGAAAUGACUCGGAGCAUGUCACAAGACAUAGGAACUAUAGCGCCUUACGUCGCCCGGAACCCAGAAGAUGACCCGGGAGUCUUGGUUCUCCAUAUGGUACCGCUGGUUGCUCUAGAUCGUUACGUACAUUACCACGCGGCAUAUUACAAUCACCCAGAACGCUUGCAUUCCGCUUGUUUCUCAGGCUUGGUAUCUUGGAAGAUGUCUGGACUAGAGAUGGCUGGCGAAGUGCCUCCUCCCGAGGCGGCUCAUUUCCCGGUAGGACUUGUGCACCGCCGCUUCGAUAUCAAUGGCCCUAGUCAAGUCGCGCUGCGUGGGUUCUUGGGAUUAGAGGAACAACUCGUGCGUCGCAUGACCCAGAUGCUCAUUGCUGAGGAUGCCAUUGAAACUCUUGUACCGCCUGACCACAUUGAGCGUUCCGUGGUCGAACAAAAGUCGUUCAAAUUCUCAAUCUCGGAAGAAAAAUUUCGCGAGUUGUACGAGCGGGCUCUUGACGAGAUAAUGGGCCGAGCGGCAACUGAAGAGGCAUUCAACUACACUUGGAGGACCACCUGUCUCGCUGUCGCAAUGGUAUACGAGACCCACUCACAUGUUGCAAAGCUGAUACCAUCUGCCACGCCGACUUCGUGUAGCCGUGCAUGUGAUGAUCCAGAAACAGCUCACUACGAGAAUCCUCUCGACAGAGGCUGA